AUGCCAGGCUGUCGCUUAAACAUUCGAAAGGAUUGCUAUUCCUCUUUCGCGGCAGACGGGUUUCCCAGACGCUCCCAGUUGCGCAUACUUCAUCUCGAACGGGUCCUGGUGCUCCGAGACGCCACCAGUUGCUGGUUGGCACUAACUUGUGACCUCGGACAGACUCUUGCUUGUCUCGAGGCUCGAGUGGACGCUCUUGCGUCGUCGCUCUCGACUUGCCGGCUCCGGACGGACAAAGCGCACUGA